UCUGACUCCUCUUGGAGGAGACUCCGGGACUCCGGGGAGUAACAGGUGUCUGGAGGCUGAAGGGUGGGGGGGGUUCCUGGACUUGGGGUUCGCUUGUGAAACUCCCCUCCACCCUCCUUUCUCGCACCCACCCUCCCGCCCCCUCACCCCCUUCUUUCUCUGUCCUUGGAAAAUGGUGUCCAAGCUCACGUCGCUCCAGCAAGAACUCCUGAGCGCCCUGUUGAGCUCCGGGGUCACCAAGGAGGUGUUGAUCCAGGCCUUGGAGGAGUUGCUGCCGUCCCCGAGUUUCGGGGUGAAGCUGGAGACGCUGCCCCUGUCCCCUGGGAGCGGGGCCGAGCCGGACACCAAGCCGGUCUUCCAUACUCUCACGAACGGCCACGCCAAGGGCCGCCUGUCCGGAGACGAGGGCUCCGAAGACGGGGACGACUAUGACACCCCUCCUAUCCUCAAGGAGCUGCAAGCGCUCAACACCGAGGAGGCGGCGGAGCAGCGGGCGGAGGUGGACCGGAUGCUCAGCGAGGACCCGUGGAGGGCUGCCAAAAUGAUCAAGGGCUACAUGCAACAGCACAACAUCCCCCAAAGGGAAGUGGUGGAUGUCACCGGCCUGAACCAAUCACACCUCUCCCAGCAUCUCAACAAAGGCACCCCCAUGAAGACCCAGAAGCGCGCCGCCUUAUACACCUGGUACGUCCGAAAGCAACGGGAGAUCCUCAGACAAUUCAACCAGACAGUCCAGAGUUCUGGAAAUUUGACAGACAAAAGCAGUCAGGAUCAGCUGCUGUUUCUCUUUCCAGAGUUCAGUCAACAGAGCCAGGGGCCUGGGCAGUCCGAUGACGCCUGCUCUGAGCCCACCAACAAGAAGAUGCGUCGCAACCGGUUCAAAUGGGGGCCCGCGUCCCAGCAAAUCUUGUACCAGGCCUACGACCGGCAAAAGAACCCCAGCAAGGAAGAGAGGGAGGCCUUAGUGGAGGAGUGCAACAGGGCGGAAUGUUUGCAGCGAGGCGUCUCCCCUUCCAAAGCCCACGGCCUGGGCUCCAACCUGGUCACUGAGGUCCGCGUCUACAACUGGUUUGCAAACCGCAGGAAGGAGGAGGCGUUCCGGCAGAAGCUGGCCAUGGACGCCUACAGCUCCAGCCAGACGCAUGGCCUGAACACCCUGCUCUCCCACGGCUCCCCCCACCACCAGCCCAGUACCUCCCCUCCAAACAAACUGCCAGGAGUGCGCUACAGCCAGCAGGGAAGCAAUGAGGUCACUUCCUCGUCAACAAUCAGUCACCAUGGCAACAGCGCCAUGGUGACUAGCCAGUCUGUUUUACAGCAAGUCUCUCCAGCCAGCCUGGACCCGGGCCACAAUCUCCUCUCACCUGAUGGUAAAAUGGGACCCCAUCCCAUUCCGGAGUGGUACACAUCCGCAAAGCGCUGGCCAGCUUUCAGGUUGCAGUCUGUGCGUGUCGAAACUUGCGUUUUAGAAAAGCCCACGCUGGAUGCUCUCACGGCAUCAAAGCAACAGACCCCCAUGGUGAAAAGCUCAGCCCGAGAGCAGAUCUCAGUCUCAGGAGGAGGUUUGCCCCCUGUCAGCACCUUGACGAAUAUCCACAGCCUGUCCCACCACAAUCCCCAGCAAUCUCAAAACCUCAUCAUGACCCCCCUCUCUGGAGUCAUGGCCAUUGCACAAAGCCUCAACUCCUCCCAAGCUCAGAGCGUCCCCGUCAUCAACAGCGUGGCCGGCAGCCUGGCAGCCCUGCAGCCCGUCCAGUUCUCCCAGCAGCUGCACAGCCCCCACCAGCAGCCCCUGAUGCAGCAGAGCCCCGGCAGCCACAUGGCCCAGCAGCCCUUCAUGGCUGCGGUGACGCAGCUGCAGAACUCACACAUGUACACACAUAAGCAGGAGCCUCCCCAGUAUUCCCACACCUCCCGGUUUCCAUCUGCGAUGGUGGUCACAGAUACCAGCAGCAUCAGUACGCUCACCAGCAUGUCUUCCAGUAAACAGUGUCCUCUCCAAGCCUGGUGAUGCCCACACAUCACUUGCUUUGUGCACAGCGACAAAGACCCUUCUUUUCCACACCAUCACCCUCCGGGCAGCUGUCACGGAGAAGCGCAGCGACCCAACACGCAGCAUCUGCUGGAGGUCCCUGCUCACCUGCUGUCCUGCCGGCGCCUCGGACACUCGCUCUGAGAGGCGCAGCCCCUUCUAUGCAGUAUUGUCAUGAUGCCUCUCCCAAGAAGUCGGGUCUGUCCUAGAGGCAGGAGACAGAAGCGGCGGAAGAGGAAGAGAGAAAGCCGUAGCGUCUGCAUCACUCUCUUUCAUCGAACAAACUGAAGUGAAAACUUGAAUCUGUUACUGAAAUGAGAAGAGGAGGACACGUGCUAUUGAACUGAGCCAAACACUGUAAAUAUCAGCCACCUCCCCCUGUCCCGCCCCCCCAAUCCCGGCUGAUCUGGAGAUUUCUUUUAAAGAAGUAAAUUUGUCCAAUGGGUGUAAACUAUAAACUACUGUAAUUAAGUGCAAUUUCCACCCUCUACUUCCUCUCCCCUCUGCCCUGAAUAUAAUACUAAAGCGUCUAUCGAUUUUCUCUGUAAAGGUCAGAGUUGAAUUCUCAAAGUGAUUUGCCCCCUCUCUCGUCCCCCACGGAGAAAUACCUAAGGCAGAAGUGAAGCCCUUGACCCACUUCCUCGGCCCUGGACACACACAGAGACUGUGUAUUUUGGACUGACUGCCAGCUCACUCUGAUCUCCUGAUACCAAGACACACCUCUGGGUCCCUGGAAUGGCUGAACAGAGUGUCAGAGUAGUGUCUUAGCUUCCGGAAGAGUUGGGGGACCAGCCAGGACAGUCCCAGGAAACCCCAAGGCUGGCUGUUUGAUAGCACAAAAAAAAGUUGCCCUUUCAGAAAACCUCCCAUUAAAACAAUUUAUUUUAUCAUG